AUGGAAAAUACUAGACCCGUCUGUCCGUGGAACUUUGACCUCAAAAUGCAUCUUCUCCAUGUUUUGUUAUUCGUGGUUCCAGUUAUUUGGUGUGUACCUUUGCGAACGUUCAUACAUCAAAAAGUGACAUACACUUCGAACACUCUCGUGUUUGUGGAGUCAUGUCCAACUGAUCCCAGUACCAGAGAACAAAGUUCCUUGGUUAGAUGUGGAAAUAUGUCAUACUAUCAUUGUUUACGGACGGAGGACGGCGGAUAUGUAGAAUUCUGCAAUAAGAGUGCUACAUGGAUUGAAAAGGGAACAUUAGCACUUUUCUCCCUUGACAAGAACACCAUAGUACCGAAACCUUGUCCAUAUGGCUUUUAUCAACCGCUGGGUCGAUGGAGCCACGAGUCAUCCUCUCUCUGUGAUCGGAAAAAAUCGUCAUGUAAUGGAAUUGGAGAAGUCGUCUGCGAAGACGGCAGUAUGACGUCAGACAGACUUUGUCGAUGUGAUAACGCUGACGAUUGGGUGAUAGAAAAGUUCAUCCAAGAAAACCCACUAAACACCUCCUGUGUUCUUCCGUCCCAGACAGACUUUAUGUGUGUGAAAUAUAUAUGUCCUCAAGGACAAGAGUUAACCCCCUCAUAUAUGUGUGUGCGUAAAUGUCGGAAAGGAUAUCAUAGGCCUAGCGGCUCAUUUGAUUGUUCCUCCGUAACCAAUAUCAGUACUGGAAACAUAACAUCUUCAACGUUUAAAACCAUCACAAGGAGAGAUCUAUAUAUUAAACCAGCAAUUGAAUUGUAUCCUGUGGGUAAGGUGUCCAAGUUUCAAACAGUGAUGGCUAUUCCUAUUGCAAUAAUAUUUGUGUUAUCAGUUUCGGCCUGUUCCAUACUUGUGUCCAAAUGCAAGAAAAACAGCAGUACAGAGAAACAACUUCAAAAUUUAGCAAAGAAAAAAUUAUUUGAGCGUCAAGCUAGGAAAAAACACCGACGGAAAAUGGAAAGACGUAAAAAAAGACAGGAGAAAAAGAAUAAACUACAAAUCAAAGUGGACAAAGCGCUUCACAGAAUGGAAGAACGAAGGAUAAAACGUCGAGAGAGAAAAAGACUCUUAGACAUGGAACGGAAGGAAGCACUGAAAGAAUUAGAGAUUGCGGAGAACCCGGAUCAUGUGUCUAUCGAAAUGUCAUAGACCACACUGGUCUUCGACUAUUUAUAGACAAAACUGUCUACCUCAUCACCCAGUCAUAGAGUACAUAUAUCCAUUUAUAAUGCCAGUAUAAUAACGAUUGUUUGUGUAAUCAUCUCCCUCAUCAUAACAGUGACAGGAAGUUUUGUGACCCAAGAUGUAAAGGGAACGAAAUAAUUCCAAAAGACUGGUGUAAUAUUUAAUGACAUUUUUCUGUACCUUUGCAUUGAAUUCCUAUCCAAUACUGAAAUGUUUUAAACUUGCAGGUACCAUUAGGGAUACUGUGCUUUCAUAUGCACAAGUUCUUGUGAGUUUGUAAUCCAAGAUGUAAAGGGAACGAAAUAACAAUUCCCGAAAGACUGAUGUAAUAUUUCAUUAAAUGACAUU